AUGAGCCGCCGAAAGCGUGCAAGGAUUGAGACCAAGGAGUUAGAUGAAAAGUUGAAACAACAAGAUGAUUCUGAGUCUGAUCAGUCAGAGAAGAGUAAGGUUACAUCGUCAAGUCCGACUUCAGUUGGCGGCAGACGAGAGUCGUCAUCAAGUCGUACCGUCGAUGGUAAAGAUGCUAAGAAAGACGAUAAGGUUGAAAUUGAGAUUAAGAACGACGAUGUUGAAGAGAUUAAUUAUAAGGAAAUGCUUAACAGCUUAGAAGGAGCUGCCUUCCAGUCCCGGUUGCCAUUUGACAAGAUGUCUUCUCUAGAGGCUGAGUGUUUCUCAGAUCUUCAAGGUGCAUCUAGUCAUGCGUUUAUACAAAUCAGAAACCGCAUUUUGAAGUUAUGGUUUGAAGAUCCAAAGAAACAACUAACUCAAGAGUAUUCUGUUCAGAAAAUGGAACCUCCCUAUAAUGGAGAUCCUGCAUUAGUUUUGAGAACUCAUGCAUUCUUAGAAAGACACGGUUUCAUAAAUUAUGGUAUCUACGAGCGUACUACUCCUAUUCCAACACCAUCUAAAGGAAAGCAAAGACCAAAAGUCAUCAUUAUUGGAGCUGGUGUAUCGGGCCUUGCUGCAGCUCGCCAACUUCAGUCAUUUGGCUGUGAAGUAGUGAUAUUAGAGGGAAGAGACAGAGUUGGAGGAAGGAUUGUAACAUAUAGAAAAGGCCCUUAUGUUGCUGACUUAGGUGCCAUGGUGGUAACUGGUUUGGGUGGAAACCCUGUGACUACACUAUCAGUUCAAAUGAAUAUGGAAUUGCACAAAAUCAAGCAGAAGUGUCCCCUUUAUGAAGCAACUGGUAAUCAAGUACCAAAGCAUAAAGAUGAAAUGGUUGAACGUGAAUUCAACAGACUUCUGGACGCCACCUCUUAUCUGUCACACCAGGUGGAUUUUAACUACUACAAUGACACUCCUGUUUCUCUUGGCCAAGCAUUAGAAUGGGUUAUUAAACUGCAGCAGAAAAACGUGAAAUAUAAGCAGAUUCAACACCUAAAAGCUAUUAUAACAUUGCAAGAAAGACUCAAAUCUAAUAUAAACAAAAUGUCGGACGUAAAAGAACUCUUGAAUUCAAUGAAGGCUGAAAAAGAUGCCUUGUUAGUAGAGAAAGACAAAGGAUUGACAGGAGAUGCAGGUGUUCUAAACGAGUUCAAUUUGCGUCGCUUAAACAGAGAAAUGAAAUUGUUAUGUAAUGAGUAUGAAGGCUUGGUAACUCAUAAUACAACAAUUGAAGAAAAAUUGGCGCAGUUGGAAACUAAUCCGCCAAGUUCCGUGUACUUGUCGGUGCGGGAUAGACAAAUUCUCGACUGGCACUUCGCUAAUUUGGAGUUCGCGAAUGCGACGCCGCUGGGCAACCUGUCGUUGAAGCACUGGGACCAAGACGAUGACUUCGAGUUUACUGGGAACCAUUUAACAGGCUCAAGGACUUGA